AUGGAGGGAAAUCAACAUGAAGAAUAUUCUCGCCAGUGGAAAAAGGCACAAGAAUUAGCGAACCAACAUUUGUUCAAAGCUCAAACGAAGCAGAAAAAGUAUUAUGAUGAAGGGACAAAAAGUGUCAAGUACAAUCCCGGCGAUCUGAUGGAGAAAAAAUUACUACUCUUUUGCAUUCUAACUACAUUGCAAACAACCCACACAAUCUUCUCGUCUGUAUGCGAUUGCAACUAUGUUAAAACACGAGGAAUUCUAGAUAUUAACUCACCAUACUAUUGCCAAAACCCCAGCACUAACCAUCAACCACGAUACCUAACAAAUUAUACGCUAAUGACUAAACAAAAUCCAGUAAAAACUUGGAAAGGAUGGACUUGCAAACAAUGGAUUAAGACAAAGAAAAUAACCGGAUCUUUCUGGAUAGGGUCUUUUGACACAGUUUAUUCACAGGAAACAAAAUUGCUCUCAGCAAUUGAAUGCUGGGAAAUGGUAAAUAAUAAAAAAUGUGGGGGUAAUCUUAUGCAGGCAGGAACAACAACGUUGAGUUUUACAUCAACUCCUACAGGGGAAGGGAAGUGGUAUGCUAUCAAAGAAUACCAUGCAUUAAAUUGUUUAGCAGAAGAGAUAACAUUAAAACAAGAGACACCAGAAAGCUUAGUGGAAAGUCCAUUUGGAUUCUUAAACACCACUCAGCAAGAAGGGGAGUAUACACAAAAUCAUAACACCAUAGUAUGGGGAGAUAGAUCAACAAAUUCAUCAAAUUCACAAAUUAUUUUUAAAGGUGAAGGGUAUAUAGAAUUAACAAACUCAAUGAUUAAUGUAAAUACUAGCCGUCUUCUUGAUAAUAACAAGCAGAUAGAAAUAACUUUCUCUAACAAACCAGAUAUAAAUAAUAAAGAAUUUGCCCAACCUGGAUUUAAAGUAGUAGGGAUGCCUUUAACAUUUCUUAUUUUUCCAAACCAAGUAAAUGUAGAUACAUGGUCUUGCAAUGAAUACGCAGAUCCAAUAGCGAGCAAAGUAAAACGGUCGACUAAUAACGAAAUUGAAUUUCUUGACAAUCGUGCUAAGAAAGAAGCUAUGGGAAAAAGACUUUACAGCAUAUCGUAUGCAUGGGGUUCGAUACGAAUUGGGACAUCCUAUAAUAACAAACGUAGAAGAAAAUGGAAUAAUGAUUAA